GCACGUAUCGUGCGAUACGGUGGGCGUAUCGCACGAUACGUGCGAUACACCCCCGUAUCGCACGAUACGGGAGUAAAAUUAAAAAAGGGGCCGUCGGGCCCCUUUUUGCUUCUUAUUCUCAAACCGACGCUCCUCUCUCUCUCUCUUCUUGUUUCUCAACGCUGCGAGAGACGUGGGAGGGAGAGAUUUUCUCCAUUGCAUCAAGAUUUGCCGGUGAAGAAGCUUCAUUUCUCGUUGUGGGGAGUCUUGGGACGGUGGGAAGCUUGGAGAAAGAGGGUUUUUUGGUUUUUAACACCAAGAAGGUAAGAAAUAACUCAUUUUUGCCGUUGAAUCGUUCAUUUCUCUUAUUUCCUACAUUUAUUUGUAUGUUUUUACUUGUUUUGUGAAGAUAUAAUGUCGGAUCCUACAUGGCAGUGGUGUACAAGGGUGAAUCCCAAAGAUAGAUUAAGAGUUAAGUGCAAUUAUUGUAAGCAAAUCAUAUCAGGAGGGAUUUCUCGCUUUAAACACCAUAUAGCUGGUACACACAGCGAUGUGGCUGCUUGCAAUGGCUCCCAAGAGAUCCCAUUGCCAGCGUAUGUAAAGCACCAGUGUCAGCAGCUUCUUGAUGCAGUGAAAGCAAGUAGGAUUGAAAAGGACAUGGAAGAUGCGGAGGAAGGUUAUGGGGACCCACAUGAAGGAGAAGAAAGUGAAGGUGAAGAUGUUCAACUUGAACAAGAAGAUGUUGGUGUCAGUUUGGGAACAACUAAAGGGAAAGGCAUCAUGCAUGGAGGUGGUUCUUCUGCAACUGCAACCAGAAAAAGAAGAGGUGCAAGUAUAAGUUCAGUUUCACGAGGACGUGGCAGAAGUCAGGGUCGUACUGGUGGUGGUAGAGUACCUACUAUGAAGUCGAGCAAUAUGUCUGGUUCGAUCAAGAAUUUUUUUCCCAAUUAUACUGCUGCUGGUGCUCAGCCUGAGAUUCGUAUAGCCAUGCAAUCAAAGGAUAUUAUUGAAGCAGCCGAUGAAACCAUAGGAAUGUGGUUCUAUGAUGCAUCCAUUCCCUUCAAUGCAGCAAACUCUUAUCAUUAUCAGCCUAUAGCAGAUGCGAUUGCUAGUGUAGGGCGAGGGUAUAAAAUGCCCUCUUUUCAUAAAUUGCGAGGUAAAAUUCUCAACAAUAUAGUUAGAGAUGUGAAGACAUAUUGUGAUGAACUAAAAUUGAGUUGGAAAGCUACAGGAUGCAGUGUAAUGGCAGAUGGGUGGACAGACAUCAAGAACAGAACAUUGGUAAUCUUCCUUGUAUAUUGCCCUCUUGGUACUAUGUUCUUAAAAUCUGUUGAUUUGUCUGAUACUCCGAAGACUGCUGAUGUGUUGUUUGGGAUUUUUGAUAAAGUUAUAGAAGAAGUUGGGCCUGAAAAUGUCGUACAAUUUAUCACUGAUAAUGCAGCAAAUUAUAAAGCUGCAGGUGAAAUGUUAGCAGCACGAUAUGGGACAUUUUAUUGGAGUCCAUGUGCUGCUCACUGUGUAAAUCUUAUGCUUCAGGAUCUUGGUGAAAGGGAUGAUAUGAAGUUGACAGUUCACAGAUGCCAAGAAAUCACGAAGUUUAUUUACAAUCAUGCUUAUGGCUUGAAUUUGAUGAGGAAAUUCACAAAUGGGGCUGAAUUGAUUCGACCUGCACAAACACGGUUUGCUACAAAUGUUUUGACUGUGCAGGGUAUAGUCAAGCAAAGAUCUUCUCUCAGGCAGAUGUUUUCAAGUGAUGAUUGGGCUGCAUAUCCACAUGCCUAUAAAAGAAAGGCUACGACAGUUGUGGAUACCAUCUUCGAUGUUGACUUUUGGGAAUCAUGUGUGCACUUAUUGAAGAUUUGUGUACCUCUAGUGAAAGUCCUCAGAUUAGUUGAUAGUGAAGAUAGACCUUCUAUUGGAUAUUUAUACGAGUCUAUGGAUAGAGCCAAGGAGGCCAUUAGAGAUAAUAUGAAGGGAAAAAAGAAGUUGUACAUGCCUAUAUGGAAGAUUAUAGAUGAAAGGUGGUCUGGACAACUUCAUCGCCCACUUCAUGCAGCAGCCUACUACCUAAAUCCUGCCAUUAGAUAUCUUCCCACUUUUAAGAAGGACAGAGAGGUCGAGUAUGACAUGUUGGAUUGCAUUGAUGUAUUAGUAAGUGAUAGUAAAGAACAAGACGCUAUCCAUAUGUCGAUCAACAAAUAUGAUACGGCUUCUGGUACCAUGGCGAGAGACACAGCAGUUCGAUGCAGGACAACUAUGCGUCCAGAUUUGUGGUGGGAAAGGUUUGGGCCUGAUUGCCCAGAAUUAAGGAAGCUUGCAAUUAGAAUCCUCAGUCAAACAUGUAGUGCAACUGGAUGUGAAAGAAAUUGGAGUGUAUUUCAGCACAUCCAUAGUAAGAAGAGGAAUAGGCUGGAACAUAAAAGGUUGAAUGACCUUGUUUAUGUUCGUUAUAAUAUGAAGUUGAGACAAAGGCAACUAGAAACAACAUCUACGAGGAAGCAUCACAAUCAAUAUGAUCCUAUCUUCAUUGACCAUUUUGAUAUAUUAGAUUCUUGGGUUGAAGAAGAACCAGCUGCAAUACUUGAUGAGGACGAUCUUGAUUUUUUGAAUGUUGAAGGAGCAGCAGAGAUUGUUGAAGAAGGAGAGGCUGGGGGGAGCAAUGGAAUGUUGGUGACAUUCCAUUUGCAACAGAGGGGAUAGAAGAAGAAGUUAAUGAAGGAAGUGAAGAUGAUGAUGAAGAAUGAAGAUGAUGAUGCAAAUGACGAUUGACGAUGCUUUUUGUUUUGAGUUUUGAAAACUAUGUCAAUAUGUUCUGAGUUUUGACUUCUGAACUUAUGAAUUGUGAUGUAAUUGAAUACUCUUAGGUUGUGUAGUAUGUUAUUUUGUUUUUUGAAUGUUUGAUUUCUUAUUUUGGAAUGUCUUGUUCAUAUGCAUAGCUCACAGGUCAUGCUUCAUAUACAUGAAUGAUGAAUGUUCCUUUAAAUACAUUUUUCUUGAAUUUUUCUGAUUUUUACAAGUUUUUUCGGAUUUUUUUAGAAUUUUUCUGAUUUUUUUCUAUUUUUUAUAAAUUUUUAAUAUUUUUUACAAAUUAAAAAAUUAAUUUUACGAUACGUUACGAUACAUUUACGAUACGUUACGAUACAGUGUAUAGGUCGGCCCGACCGAUACACGAUACGAUACGGCAGUGAUAACAUUGGUUUGUACACUAUGUCACACGGGUAUGGGUAUGAUAAGGGUACGGGUACGGGUACGCGGACACGGUAAUUUUCAAAAUUUUAGCAUACGCGGACACGGCGAAUUUUAUAUUCUAAAAAAUUAAAAAGGAUAAUAAAAUUUAAAAAAAAAAUUAAAUUAAUAAUUCACUCUUACAAUCUCAUAAGUCAUAAGAAAGAAAGUCUCAGACUCUCAAACAAAUCAUUGUUUAUCACCAAUCUCAUAAGUCAUAAGAAAGAAAGUCUCAAACAAAACAAAGAAUGUCGGGUUAGUAAAGUAGUUUGGAUCGGGUCUGACCCAGACCCGAUCCAAAACGUAUCCUGCCGUAUCCAAGUGUCGGAAUGUCGAUACCGGUACGUGGCCCAUUUUGCCGUGUCCGUGUGACAUAGUUUGUACAUGAUAUAAACAGGUAUUCAUGCAUGGGCAUUAGUGUAUCUUGUCAUUCAGUUUGUCUUGUCUUUCUGUCUACCUUAUUAUUUUUUCCUUUUUCUUUUUUUUCCUAAUUUUCCUGUUUGGUCAAGAUUAAACUUUGACCAUCGGGCUGGCACUGGCCAACAGCUAUCAACAAGGAAGGACAAUUCAGACAAUUCCCUUGUUCACUAUGAUUUAGUCAAGCAUAGUGAUAACCAAUAAGAUUUGACUUUUAUAUAUUUGCGAAGUAGAGCACCUGUGCCUUGUAAGGUUGUGUGCCGUUCAAGCUGUACAUCUACUUGCAGCCUAUGAAAGUGCCAUCUGCCAGAUCGUCCAGUUAGCUUUAACUCGAUUUUUGUGAAGAUUCAGUGUGUUCUUACAACUCUUAACCACUUUCUUUGUCUAUCUUGGUUUUACGUCAAGUGAAUGCACCUUUUCACAUGCAAAAGACAACUUUUCUGCCAUUGCCUCCUAUGGUGUUUAAGGUAUUUUCACCUUCUGCAGGUUUACAUAUCGACGUACCGUUCAUCAAACAGCCAAUUCAGAUGUAUGUAGGCUCAAAAUUCAGCAAUUUGAGUUGACUAUUUGUGUUGACUAGGUUUUAAUUUGAUUUUGAUUACUAUGGGGGCCAUUCACAUGAACUCUCAUGCAUGGUGAUGAGAAUUUGAAAUGGCUGUAAAUAGCAAAUUCACAAUUACCAUCUUAGGGUAUUUAUCAGUUAGAUUUUUUUGGAAGUUUUUCCAGAACUUUGUUUUCUUGGACAAAUAUCAUAACCUCAAAAAAGUUAAACAUGGAAAAAAUAUGAAGUCCUGAGUUUUGAACUAUUUUUAUCUGUGAUGAGAACUUUGAUGCAUGGUGAUAAAAAAAUUAAAAUGGCAGUAAACAGCAAAUUUCACAAUCAUCAUUCCAAGGUCUUCGGAAUUUUUUCAGAAUUUCCUUUUCUCAGAAGAAUAUCAGAACUUCAAAAAAUUCAAAAAUAUACAUCUAAUAAUAGAAACAAAAACGAAAUUAUGA